UUUAUACAAAAGCAAACAACCAUAACAACCUCAAUCCCCAGCCACCCUUCCAAAAUCCAACUAAUUGUCCACAUUGUCAUGGCUACCAUGGCUGAAGAGCAGCCGAACCCAUAUAUGGAACCUAGCCCACCGGUGAGGCUUUCUUCUGAGACAGACAUGGCUGGAACUGACACCACGCCAGCCCCUUCAUGGUUCACCCCAAAGAGGUUACUUGUAAUCUUUUGUGUAAUUAAUUUGUUAAAUUAUGUGGACCGAGGAGCAAUAGCAAGCAAUGGUGUGAAUGGGAGUCGCAGAACUUGCACAAAAAGUGGGACAUGCUCAUCUGGCAGUGGAAUUCAGGGGGAUUUUAACCUGAACAAUUUUGAAGAUGGUAUUUUAUCAUCUGCUUUUAUGGUUGGACUUCUUCUAGCUUCUCCAAUCUUUGCAUCCUUGGCGAAGAGUGUCAACCCAUUUAGGCUAAUUGGAGUUGGAUUGUCAGUUUGGACUGUUGCUGCAGCUGGCUGUGGUUUUUCAUUUAAUUUCUGGUCCAUUACAAUCUGUCGCAUGUUUGUUGGUGUUGGUGAGGCUUCAUUUAUAAGUCUUGCUGCUCCAUUCAUUGAUGACAAUGCCCCAGUUGCUCAGAAAACAGCCUGGCUGGCAAUAUUCUACAUGUGUAUACCAUCUGGAGUUGCAGUCGGCUAUGUUUAUGGUGGAUUGGUUGGAGAUCAUUUCAGUUGGCGUUAUGCAUUCUGGGGGGAAGCAAUUUUGAUGCUUCCAUUUGCUAUACUAGGUUUUAUUAUGAAACCUUUGCAGUUAAAAGGUUUUGCUCCUGCUAAAUCAAAGAAAACACAGACAGCUGUAGAGACAAUUGCCCAAGAGGGUCAAGAUACAGAGGCUUUGAAUGGUAAAGAUGGUGCCUUGUCCAUGAAGGCAGAUUCCAAAUAUCAAAGCUCAAAUACACCUUCCGGGUCAACAAUUUCUUCCAAUAAUGUAAACGAGUUCUCAAGAUUUUUUAAAGAUAUGAAAGUUCUUUUGUGUGAUAAGGUGUAUGUUGUAAAUGUUCUAGGAUAUGUAUCUUAUAACUUUGUCAUAGGCGCAUACUCUUACUGGGGGCCAAAAGCUGGUUAUAAUAUUUAUAAUAUGAGCAAUGCAGAUCUGAUAUUCGGAGGGAUUACAAUUGUGUGUGGAAUAUUGGGAACGAUAGCGGGAGGUUGUGUUCUGGAUUUAAUGACUUCUACAAUCUCCAAUGCUUUUAAGCUUCUUUCAACAGCAACAUUUUUCGGGGCAAUAUGUUGCUUUAGUGCCUUUUGUUUUAAGAGCCUCUAUGGUUUCCUAGCUCUUUUCUCAAUUGGUGAAUUACUUGUUUUUGCUACUCAGGGUCCUGUCAAUUAUGUAUGCCUCCAUUGUGUGAAACCAAGUUUGCGUCCGCUAUCAAUGGCUAUGUCUACUGUUUCAAUUCACAUUUUUGGUGAUGUUCCUUCAUCACCACUUGUUGGGGUUCUCCAGGAUAGUGUUAACAACUGGAGAGAGACUGCUCUUAUUCUAACAUCUAUACUAUUUCUAGCAGCUGGAAUAUGGUUCAUAGGGAUCUUUUUGCAUGGCGUGGACAGAUUUAACGAAGAGAGUGAGCAUCAUGCCACCAGAAUUGACAAGUCAAACACAACUCCCUUGUUAGAAGAUAAAACAGCAGAUACUGCAGAAGCUUCUGCCUAACCAUAGAUCCUUGCCUAGAUUAAACAAGUUAUUAAAUCAUCUGCAGGGGCUAACACUAAUUUCAAGUACAUUCCUGGAUGAUGAUUUCCUUAUUUGUAAAUACUGCUCCUAGUGAUUAGAAUGUAUUUAUAUUGUUAAUAAAAAAAUUUUGCUAUUUAAGAAGCCAUGUGAAUGAUGUUUUUCCCUGAUGGCUGACAACAUUCUUUGUAGAGUUUGGGUUAUCA